AACCGACCAUUGCAGGACCUUUUACCUGAGCAUCCUUUGCCCGGACACCACUAUCACGUUGGAACCUCGUCACUCCCUACAAGAUUUAUCACACCUUUCAUGACUUCUGCUCUUUCUCCCGAGCAAGUUGAACUCAACUCUCUCCUUACACAACAUAUCGCACUGUCUAAUGCCAUGAAUGUCGGCGAAACCAAGCAGAGCAGCCUGCUUUGGCCCUCGAAACUACUCGACAGUGCCAAGUCCAAGACGAAUUUAUCCACCCUACCUACUAGAGCUCGCCUGAUCACUAUCAAUGGAAGUAAACUUCAUACGUAUCAGAAAAAGGAGGCACCUUAUCCGCUGUCCUAUUCUCAGUCGGUUUUAGACAGAAAACUAUGUUCAAACGGCCUAACAUUGCAUGAUUUUGGAGAUAGCCCUCCUUCGUCAGUCCUCGAUAUAGGGACGGGCUCAGGUAAUUGGAUUUUGGAAGCGGCGUCUACUUGGAAGGACACUAAAAAAUUGGUCGGAUUUGACCUUGUCGAAAUCCAGCCUAUCAUCUCCCACGACGGGCCGCUGGGGGAUCUACCCUUUGCCGAUGCUUCCUUCGAUUUCGUCCGCAUAUGCAGAAUUGCUCUCGGUAUACCAGAAAAUAAAUGGAACCAUGUACUUGAGGAAGUUUCACGGGUCCUUAGGUCUGGCGGUAUUGCAGAAGUCAUUGAAGAGGAUAUCUUAUUCCCGUUCGCUCCCUCUCAGGAAUACAACUACGUAGCGGACGUCAACUGUAGCUCACCUUCGCCCUCUGUAUCAGUUCAUGGCGAUCCAGAAAGUUCGGUAUCAUUGUCACCAAAUCGCUUAACCCGAGGACACGAAGUCGUUCACUUGGGGCCAAUCAUAGCCAAGUCGCACAAGCAGUUGUCAAUUCUACCAUGA